CUGCUCUAAACAAACAAGCCGAAUAGAAACCUAGAAGACGAAGUCCGACUCUGAGCUUAGACAUGGUUGCUUGAUCAUGGCUUUCACCUUCAUUCAAUCUCUUCCUCACUCCACAUCCUUGUAUGCCUCUAAGCGUCACUAUUCACCAUCCAUAAAUCUCACUUCACAUGGAAAACUAUGUUGCAAAACCUUUGGAGAUUCAUUUCAAGUCCGCGCUUCUUCGUUUUCAAAGGCUGCUCCAGCGACUGAAAAGGAAGUUCUCAAGGCAAUUGUAGAUUCCGAUGGAAAGACACUUCCUGGUGUUAGAGCUUACGAGAACCGCUUGGCUCGACUUACGCUAGUUGGUUCCGUCGACUUUGAACAGGCAUUGACUGCAGCGGCUGCCGAUGGAGGUGAUACGGCUUCCCAGCAUGUUUCCGAAGGAAUGGAAGCUAUGGUUGUGGAAACGUUUUUUCCUGGUCCGCCUGAUGAGAAUAGCACAAUCUCGACUCGACUGUUUCUGCCAUCUAGAAGAGUGGAAGAUAAAGCUAGAAAAUUGAAACAUACUCUCACUGAAGAUAUUUUGUCUAGUACUACAUCGCAGAAUAUACUUGCUAUGACAUUCAGACAAGUUGUAAUACAACAGCUUUGGAAUUUUGAAUUGAUACUUUUUAAGCCUGGAACGGAUAGAAACAUGGACGAUUUGGAGAAUGCACGGGAGGUUAUUCCAUCUCUCACAGUUAACUCCUCGGAUGAACGAGUUAUUUAUGUUCUGGCUGAAGUUGUGUAUCAUGCUGCUCUCAAGAGCAACAAGAAGAAUUUCACUAGUAAUAUGACGGGGAAGAGGAAGAAGAAACUUUUCCAAUGGUUCCGCAGGGAUGAAAAGAUAGAAUCCAGUGAUGCAUCUGUUGCAUUGUAUAAUUUACUAGAAGAUGAAAUUGUUGGAACUGCUAAAAACUUGUUUGAACAUUUUAACUUGACGAAGGCCAACUAUAAGUCUGUGAAAACAAAUUUCAAGAACAAUUGGUGGACUUCACCUGCAUAUUUUGAACUUGAAGAGAUUGGUGGCACUGAGUUUAGUUCUUGGACUAUUGAGUAUGGUCCUGCUUAUAGACUUCAAAUUGACAUUGAUAGGCUGCCUGGUGUAAAACUGGAUGGUUGGAGAAACACAGAAGAAAAUAAGUGGGAGAUCCUUUUGACCCACUCCCAGAUGGUUGAAUUGGCUAACAUUUUGGACAUGUAUUAUGAAGACAAUUACACAUUACCUCAGAAAAAACUAUUCUCUGAUGCUAUUCUGAAGCCAACAAAUACCUGGUCUAAUAAGAAAAUUGCAUCAAUACUGAAAUUGCUCUCUGCCAUUGUUGCAACUGGGUUUUGUCUCAUUACCAUCAGUAUCCUUGGAAAGCUUUACUUGCCUCAAAUGAAUAGCAGGAGAAAGUAUCCUGGAGAAAACAGGUCUUCCCAAUCGUAUACUACUGACCACAUCAAAGUUCAGUUGAUGGAAUGUACAAGGUUGGAAGAAUACUGCACAUCAAUUAUCAAGAAAAUUCAGAAUGCCUAUGGUUGGACUGGAGAUGUAACAACAGAAAAGGAAUUUGGCGUUUGGAUAGGAGAGCUCCCUCUGUACUUGAGGGGACUUGGUGAAAGUGACUUUCAUAAUGGAGACAUCACAUCCAGCCCUAUUUCAUCUGAAGACAGGAAGGACCAACUGAUAACCUCUGCUCAAGAUAUUGCUAGUUAUCAGGUGGUUAUGUCAAUUGAAGGAAAGCUGGUUGGGUUUCAACCUACAAGUCUGGUGGCUGUCAAUCAUUGGGCAGCCCAUCCCUUGGUAGAAGAACUCUAUGAAGGGAAAAAACUUAAGCCUGGACUUAUGGAUCAUGGUCUUAAUAUAAGCCGCCCAAAAGAGGUGGUUGUCAUAGAGUUAUUGAUGUCUGUAAAUCCCAAUUCCAAAUUUGCAUUAGCAAGGCCUCUUAAAGAAUUGUAGAUGUAAAACCCCUCA